GAUAGAAAUUAAUAUGAAAGAUAUUAAAGUUCAAUAAAAAGUUAUUCAAACUGAAAAAAUCAAGAAAACUUAAAAGUAUAAUGGAAAAGAAAACAAUCUCAUUAUUUAUAAUAUUUUUCGUCAUCGUGACAAAAAAAGAAUUUUCUUCUGCGCUACCAACAAACAUUUCUGAAGAAGCAGAACUAAGAUUUAUAAAAAAUGUUUACGAAGGCGAAGACAGUCGAACACUUUUUAUGGAAAAAGUGCAGAAAUUAGGACGAAAUAACACAGACGCGGAGUUGAAUAUGCUUUUGCCAUAUAAUAACCUAAUGUCUCUUGGGUCCCUCAAGUGUUCCGCUUGCAAAUUGACAUUAGAGUACGCUCUGUGGAAGUUCAAAAAACCUGACGGAACUUAUGAUGGGUUGCCAGAGUUUGUUGAAUCCGCCUGUAAAAGAUUGAAAAUAGAAACUACAGACGUCUGUGAUGGGAUUGUAACAACUUAUAAAUCUGUGGUUCUCACUUUAUUGCAUGAACUCCAGUUAACAGGCGAACAAGUUUGUGGACUUAUCCUUCCAUCAACUUGUUACUCCGCAGAUUUACCUUGGAAUAAGAUUAAAUGGAACGUUACAAUACCUGGUGUCAUCCCCAAGAAUGCCACAUCAUCAUACACCAGAAAUACUAGAGGCACAAAAAGCACAGCCCGAGUUUUACACCUUUCCGAUAUCCAUAUGGAUUUAAAUUACAAGCUGGGUGGAAAUGUCGACUGCUCUGAACCGUUAUGUUGCAGGGACACUAAGAAAAUGAAAUCUGACUCAAGGCAAGCAGGGUAUUGGGGCAGUUUAGGAUAUUGUGACACACCUUACUGGACUCUUGAAAAUUUUUUACAGCAAACUUCAAAAAAUACGUACGAUUAUAUUAUCUGGACUGGAGACUUACCAGCUCAUAAUGACUGGAGUCAGAGUCGUGACAAUCAGAUUUCUGUCCUAUAUAAUCUCACUUCUCUGUUAAUAAAAUAUUUUCCGAAAACCCCAAUCUACCCUUCUCUCGGAAACCAUGAAAGUUUCCCGGUCAACAGUUUUCCUCCCCGGUAUGUGGACGACAACAAUUCAAUAACAUGGCUUUACAAGGCACUUACAAAAGCAUGGUCGCCAUGGUUACCAGCCGAUGCCCUUAAAUCUGUGAGCCAAUCAGGCUGCUACACGACCCUAGUACGGCCAAAGUUCCGUAUUGUGUCAUUGAACAUGAACUAUUGCAACCAACAAAACUGGUGGAUGCUGAUUAACCCUGUUGACCCAAAUCAUGAACUCGAGUGGCUUGUGAGUACACUUCUGAAGGCAGAGCUCAACGAUGAGAGGGUUCACAUUCUUGGACAUAUUCCUCCAGGGAGCCCAGAUUGUCUUCCGAUAUGGAGCCAUAACUAUUACAACAUUAUCAACCGUUUCAAAGACACAAUCGUUGCUCAAUUCUUCGGCCACACUCAUUGGGAUCAGUUGGAAAUUUUCUAUGAUGAAAAGACCAAGUCCGUUCCUACUAAUAUGGCUUACGUUGCUCCGAGCAUAACAACAUAUCCUAAUAUGCAUCCUGGAUACAGGGAAUAUGUCACAGAUGGCUUUUAUGAGGGAAGCACUUGGAAGGUAUUAGACCACAGCACAUAUAUCCUAAAUCUAACAAAAGUCAACUCUCAGCCAGCAACACAAGAAGCAAAAUGGGAUAUGCUUUAUUCUGCCAGAAGUGCGUUUAACUUAACAGACUUAUCCGCAACUUCUUGGAACGAACUCGUAAACUCGUGGAUAACACAAGAUGGCGCCGAUUCAAGUUUUCAAAAAUAUUAUUACUAUUUUUAUAAGGGGAAUCCCCCGACCCCAGUUUGUGACAAAUCAUGCAAAAAGUCAAUGUUAUGUGAUAUAAAGUCAGCAAGGUCUGGGGAUAGUCAGGAUUUUUGCAAUAAUUUGUGAUUGUGUUUAUAGCGGCGGGUUUAUGUCCAGCGGAACCACCUACUCAUCCUUUUUCUUAACAUUUUUGCUCAAUUAGUUCUAAAACAAGAAUGCUUUAGCUCUUAUCUACUAUAUACAAAGUUCUCAUAAGGUCCCAUAUUCAAUUAGGUUAAAAACUUGAUUAAAUGAAGUAAAAACACUGAUCAAUUAAAAUAAUACGGAUCCUGUUAAGUUAUAUUGAGAAUAGACUUCACAACAAAAUUUUAAAAUUCUAACUGGACUUUGUGAACACCCUGUAUAUUUGAUAUCCUAUAUUUGAAAAUAUUUCUUUAGAAUAGAUUGGGCGUAGCAAAUUGUUCAGAUCAGGACAUCCCUGAUUGAGAGACAGAAAGUAUACAUGACUGUAUAUAAAAUUAAUUUUUUUGUUGAUAUUCAAUGGUGGUACAAUAUCUUGUUCAUAUGCAAAUUUACAUGUAAUUAACUUUUCUUUGUUUAAAAUUGCGCAUUAAUUUCAUAAAUUGAUGAUGGCAAAAAUUUUUAGGGCAUAUGACGUCAUAAAAUGAACUUUUAGUUAUUCAGAAUUUCUAAUACUUCUAGGCAAAUCCUGUCUAAUGUCUGACUGAGCCCUCUUCUGAAACAAGUUUGAUAUUCCUAUUCCCUAAAUGGAUUAGUGUCCAAACAAAAUGCUGUGGUUAAACAUAGGAUUAAGUCAUCUUGCUGGAUUCCCAAAUUGUGUCUCCGAAUUGAAUAAAGUAUUCAAAUCGAUACUGUCAUGAUAUAAUGGUAUUCCCAAACUUCUUGAUUUUUGGAAAUAUUUAUUAUAAUUUAUUUGGGAAUUUGUCAUUUCCAUAAAUUAAAAGCUCACACCAUCACCUAAAAAAUAUUGUUUGAACUCAAUCAAAUCUCGGCUUUCUUUUUUCAAAGAGCGAAUACUCCAAAUUCAAAAAUAUAUUAAAUUACUUGCAUACUCGUUUUUUUUCUGUCACCUUGUGGAAAAAAAAUUAUUUCAUUUCUGUUUUCCUUCUAUAACACGAAUAUAUAUAAAGUUGCUCCAUGGAUCCAACAAUUUCUUCAAUGUUGAUAUUUGGUGCAAACGUUCCUACUAUUGUUUAAGUUCAUUUAAUAAUUAAUAUAAAGUCAAACUGUUUUCCAUCAAGGAGCAUAGCCAUAUACUGGCUUGCUUGUUCCUUCCCAUAUACGGAUAUUGACAGAUUUUUAUUCAUAUUCCUAAUGUCACAAUAAUUUUUUUCUUCAAUUUUAGGAAUAAAAACCUAUGAAUAGUUCCGAUUAACUUUAAAAAUCUGACAUAGGAAUGUUACCUUAAAAUUCUUAACUGAAUUUUCUAUCAGUUUAUGUACCAGGCGAAAACAAAAUUGUUCAAAAUUUUUUUUCUAGAACUUCAGCUAUGUGGAAUUCUUGUAGAUGUUUUUAUAUCGUAUUGACAUGAGUUCUUGUUAAUUUUGGUUUACUGAAGCAUGAUAUACUGCCUUAAUUCUAUAUAGUAGAUGUUGGCACUUCAGGGACUGCUCGUAACUUUGCUGAGAGAUAAAAGUCUCCUUUGUUUGUGAAUGAGUGCCCAUAUCUUUACUUUGAACAAAUUUUCCUCGAGCUCGAGCUCUGUAUUUUCGCAUUUGUGUUAAUGCUAUGUUUGCUCAGAGAUUCUGUUAAGUUAUAACAGUUUCAGAUUUAAGAAUCAUAAAUGUUCGUUUACUUUACUCAAUCCCUUGUCUAUUGGUGAUUUAUUCAUAUGCCAGACUAAUGUUUUUGUCUUCCAACUUUUUCAAAUCCUUAUGACAUCAUACUCUGAUUGAAGGGUCAAAUAUUUUUCAAAUGAUUUGUAAGAUAUGUCGUCCAUAGUUUGUCCGUCCUGUUUAUCACAUUUUUGUUCAGAAUAUAAAAGUUUCUGGACAAGCAGCCGAUGGUAUACCAUUAGAGGAAGAAUAAUCUUUAUUAGUAUGUUGCCCAUGCAAUCUGAAACAAAUAACUGGUUAACUAUACCAAUUUUGUAUGAACUGCUAGCCAGACAUAGGUUUGCUAUCUGAUUGAACCAUCUAAUCUAAAAUCCCAUGCUAGCUACAGUCUUCAAAUCUCCAGCCGUCACUGAUUUGUAUGUCAUAGGCAGUCGCAUCAGCAGUUUUUCAAAAGUGAAUGGCAAAUAAUUAAAAAAGGAACACAAAAUAAAGGGUACUCCUGAAGUAUGCGAACCAAGAUGUCACAUAACCUGAACCCUAACCUGGUACACAACCUGAGUUCAGGUUGUGCGCCAUCUUGGUGCGCAUACUUCGGGAGGUCCAAAUAAAGUCUUUUAAGAUUUAUUUUCAAAUUCAUUUGGCAAGUGCUAUUUUGAAAACAUACUAAAUGAAGGCUGUCAAAUUUUCCAACCUCUCUCCAAUUCACCCCAUAUUAGCAUUGCUUGUAGGGGCUCUUCCCAAAAAUACUGUCCCCACAGUCCAAUACACGUACAUGUUAUUUUCCGGUUGUCCCACUGUAGUAUAUCUUGUCUUGGAAAAUGCGUAUAUUAGUUUGUAUUAUAUUUCUUUUUGUGUUUAAACUUUGUGAAUAAUUGAAAAAUAUGAGUUUAUUGUAAUUCAAGUUAAUUCAAUA